CUCGUUUUUGCAUGAUUUCAAGUAUAUAUAUAAAAGGAUCCCAAUUUGAUUUCCCGACGCGGGAUGGACCUCCUGUUCUGACGACACUCUGGUCUCGACAUCAUUGCUCCAUCUGCCCUGUCCUGCCAACCGACCAUGCUCAGCGAGGUCACAACUGGUCGGUCAUCAUUCACUCGAGAUAUAUGAAUGGGCAAGAUCCAAGCGUGCAUUGCUGUGUGGGCCUCCACACAUCAGUACUACCACCCUUUGACCUUAGUGAGGCCUGCGGUGGCUUACCCACACUCCAGUUUGUUUCGUCCCAAUCUGUUCCGCCGCUGCUUUGGAAGAUGGGGACGAAAAGGCCAUAUAAAUUUCUUCUUUGCUUUAAAAGGCUAUCAGAGUUUUUUACUUCCGCCACUUUGCUCGGAAGACCAUUCACGCCACAAAUCCUUUUUCUGUUUACGCUCAACGCCGGCUAUGGAGUCAAAGGAUAUUAGGAACACGAUGGCAGAUGAGCCCAAGGCAUCCUCUUCUGAUGAAGAUGGACUUCAGGGGGUGGAAGAGGCCCUGCAGGCGGAGGCAUUGGCAGAGAAUGUCUACCAAGUGUCCUCGGACACUGAAGACACAAGUGGAACUGAGACGCCCCCUGAAGUCAAGACCUCUCCUGAGGUGAUCAUGACCGCGAGAGCAUACCAAGUCGAAAUGUUUCAGGAGAGUCUACAGCGGAACAUCAUCGUUGCAAUGGACACAGGAAGCGGAAAAACUCAAGUAGCGAUACUUCGAAUUCAGGAAGAGCUCGGAAGGAGCCCCAAGCUUAUCUGGUUCCUUGCUCCUACCGUUCAGCUUGCCGCCCAACAGUUUGAGGUCAUCGAAAAACAGAUACCAGGAGUUCAGUCAAGGUUCAUCUGCGGCGCGGACAAUGUUCAAGCCUGGAAGUUUAAGACUGGUGUUUGGCAGGCGGUCCUCACCAAUGUCCGGAUCGUUGUGUCUACGUACCAGAUCUUGUUUGAUGCUGCCGUAGCACACGCUUUUGUGCCCUUGGAAUCUAUUAGUCUUCUCGUCAUCGAUGAAGCCCAUAACUGUGUCGGCAUGAAUCCUGUGGCUAGACUUAUGAGAGAGUCGUACGCCAAGCUGAAGCAGGAGGGGAAACCCGUCCCUCACAUUCUGGGUCUCACGGCUAGCCCUUUGAUGAGGUCCAAUCUCGCUGGUAUAGAAACACUCGAGCAGACCCUUGAUGCAAUCUGCAGGACGCCCUGUAGGCACCGCGACGAGCUUAUGGCUCAGGUGAACCGCCCAGAGAUGAAAGCAUUCAUAUACGGAGACCUUCCUGAACCUCAAAAUGCCACCCCAUCGUCUUCAAACAUGACCAGGCUCAUCGACACCUUACGACAGAUGGAUAUUACGGCCGAUCCUCACAUCAUACGACUCCGUGAGGAGAACACGGAGCGUAGUCGUGAGGCUCUGAAAAGCGCCAUCAUGUCUCGCGAUACUCAGUCACAGAAGCAGAUGAAGGCGCUGUUUGCAAGAGCAAGAGAGAUGAGGAUGAACCUAGGACCGUGGGCGGCGGAAUAUUACAUCAACAGAGUUGUCACUGAGUUUCUCAAAGUUGGCAGUCCACCCGCCCCAUCGGUUCACAACCUUUGGGAUGGGGAAAAGGCCUAUCUUUCGGCUACACUUCAGGGUAUUAAACCUGAAGCACCGCCGAGCCUUCCAGAUAACCUCUCCCGCAAAGUUCAAGCCUUGCUACAAAUUCUCGCCUCCCAUAAAGGCAACCCCGUGGGAAUCGUUUUUGUCACGGAGAGGGCAACCGCUUCGGUCCUUUCGCAUGUUCUCUCGGUACAUCCCGUUCUCGAGUCUCGCUACUCCGUGGAGUCUAUGGUUGGCACAUCAAAACUUCCUGGGGGCAAGCACAGUUUUCUCGAUCUCACCACGAAAGAGGACAUUGAGUCUCUGCACCGGUUCAGAAAGGGCAAGGUCAACUUGCUGGUGGCUACAAGCGUUCUCGAGGAAGGCAUCGAUGUACCCGUGUGCAACUUGGUCAUCUGCUUUGACAAGCCCAGCAACCUCAAGUCGUUCAUCCAGAGACGAGGGAGGGCUCGUAUGAACGAGUCGGAACUCUGGGUUCUUUUCAAAGAUGAUCAGGACCAGUCUCUGGAGGAGUGGAAGGAGCUCGAGCAGGAGAUGAAGCGCAAAUACGAAGACGAAUUACGGGAAAUAGCAGGGCUUGAGCAGAUGGAACAAUCCGAGGCGGAUGAUUAUCCCAAGAUGACAGACCCAACAACAGGGGCACAGAUGACCAUCCACGACGCAAAGCAACAUCUCGAUCAUUUCUGCUCAACCUUGUCCACCAGGAAGUUUGUCAACUGGGCGCCGUUUUACAUUAUCCACGAUCUGGAGGGAAACCCCAUCGACGCUCGCAAACCCGGCCUUCGGGCCGCCACUGUGAACUUGCCCGUCUCACUGUCCCCGAGUUUGCGUCGUGCAGAAAGCCUGCGGACCUGGCCCUCGGAGGCUUUUGCUUGCAAAGACGCCGCUUUCCAGGCUUACAAGAAGCUCUACGAGGCGGGUUUGAUCGACAAGAACAUGCUGCCUGCCAGAACAACGCCUGGCUUGGUGGAAGUUGGAAAAACGGAGGGGAUCACCACUGUUGAGGUGCAAUAUAAUCCCUGGCUGGAGGUAUCAAAGGCUUGGGAGAGCAGCACUAAGCUGUACAGUCGGCGUGUGACAAUAUCCAGCGAGGACGGCACACAUUGGGCACAGCUGGACCUUUCGCUUCCAAUCCCCGUUCCUUUGAUAAGAGAUCAAGUCAUUCAUUCGGAGCGCAAAACAUCUUGGACUAUAUCCAUGGGGGCUGCUCAUGAGAGAAAGUAUGACAAGGACAAUCGAGAUCACACUUAUGGUUUGCUCGCGAUGGCCUACGGACAUCGGUUCCCGAUAGAGAAGAAACAAUAUCCCAUCCGUCUUUUCUCGCCAGAGGAGGAGAUUACUAUUGACCGCAUGGCCGCAUUGGAAUUCAACCGCGACUCUCUCGCCAACUGUUCUCAGUCUUACCUCAUCCGGGAUGUUGACAGCGCCAACCACCCCUAUUUCUUUAGAGAGUGGCUUCCAAAGAAGCCUCCCAUGAACAUGAUCAAGUCCGUGUUUAAGGGGUUCGAGGAGGCCCCAGAGGACGUCCCUUAUGUGUCUGUGCAGGCGUUCCCCAAGAGGGCAGGUCAAUUCCGCAAGUUACCCGAUGCUUUCAUUCACCGGCUACCCAGCGGGAAGCCUUACCCGCGAGUGAUUCUUGCGAGCCAGGUCAAAGUCGACAAGAUCCCAACUGUGUUUGCCCAUGUCGGUCUGAUGCUUCCCGCUCUUACGGCUGCAGUGGGUGACUAUCUUGUUGCCAGAGACCUGCUGGAUGGGUCGCUGCAAACGACCGGGAUCACGGGUCUGGAUCUGGUGGUCACGGCCAUCACAGCAUCGGGGGCGAGGAGGUCAAUCGACUAUGAAAGAAUUGAGUUUCUGGGAGAUUCCAUUCUCAAGUUUUGCACAACUAUCAACUGCUCGGCACAGUACCUCCACUUCCCAGAAGGCUUCCUCUCGGCGACCAAAGACAAGAUCGUCUCCAACUACCGUCUCUGCAAAGCUGCCAUAGAUUUCGGACUCGCCCGCUACAUCAUCAACACUGCCUACACGACAGACAAGUGGCGGCCCGUGUUUGUGGAAGAUUACCUCGAGCGCACCGACAACCCUUCUGCCGAUGGACCGAAAACCAGGGAGAUGUCGACCAAAACCCUCGCCGAUGUGGUAGAAGCCUUGAUCGGCGCCUCCCACAUCAGCGGCGGUAUCAACAAAGCCCUCGCUUGUAUUUCUCAGUUUCUCCCCGAGGCCAAAUGGCAGAGCAUCGACCACGGCCGCCAGGUCCUCUACGACGAAGCCCCCGACGACGAGCCCCUCCCUCCUAACAUGCACCUUCUGGAGAAACUGAUCGGGUAUACUUUCAAGAAAAAGUCCCUCCUCAUCGAGGCAAUGACCCAUCCCUCUUUCAACAUGCAAGAUACCCGCGCCUCCCUCGACAGGCUAGAAUUUCUUGGCGACGCGAUACUAGACUACCUCGUUGUCGAAUCCCUCUUCUCCCUCCGCGAACCACUGACCGGUCUCCCCCUCGAAAACUCCAAGCUCCACCUUUUACGCACCGCCCUUGUCAACGCCGACAUUUUGGGGUUUUUGGUGAUGGAGUGGGCCAUCGAAGAGGAAAGAUACAACGCUGAAGUCAUCCUCCCUAAUCCCACUUCCAACCCAUACCUCUCCCCCUCACGACGAACUUCUAGUUCAAGCACUAACCCCCCAGAGAUCAACCUCAUCAGCACCACGGCCAAAUUCCCGCUGUGGUCAUUCCUGCGGUACACCUCGCCCGAAAUGGGCGAGCACAUCCUCUCUACCCAAUCCCGGCAUUCUUUUCUCCGCGACGAAAUCCGUCACGCCCUUGACCGCGGCGAAAAAUACCCCUGGCCCGCGCUUACAAGACUCCAAGCACAAAAGUUUUAUGGCGAUGUUUUUGAGAGCUUGAUGGGAGCUGUCUGGGUUGAUAGUGGGGAUUUGGAAGAGUGCAGGGGGUUGAUGGAACGAAUUGGGAUCAUGGGGGUGAUGGAGAGGUUGGUGAGGGAGGGGGUGCACUGUUUGCAUCCGAAGGAGGAGUUGGGGCUUUUGGCGGCGGGAAGGGCGGUGGAGUAUAGGGUUGAGGAGAAUGAGGAAGGGCAGUGGGAGUGUGCUGUUGUUUGGGCGGAGACGGGGGAGGAGGUGGUUAGGGUUGGGGGUGCGAGGAAGGGGGAGGAGGCUAGGGUUAGGGGGGCUGAUGCUGCGGUUGGGGUGUUGAAGGCGGAGAAGGAGGUAAGGGAACAGGAGAAGAGGAGGGUGAUGUUGGAGAACUUGGGAAAGGAUGUGGUUGUUGAUGCGUGA